GUCGUGUUCACGAGGUCUGGGUUCAUGCCAAGUCCCGACUUAUUGAUAUUUUCUUAAUUAUGAUAUAGUCACAGUUGACGCACUUGGUGUUUCUGAGCAGUAUGCUGGACGUGGGGAAGUGGCCGGUGUUAGCGCUCCUUCCUCCUGAGGAACUACGGCUUAUUCGGCAGGCGUGUGUCUUUGGCAGUGCUGCAAAUGAAGCCCUAUAUGUCACAGUUAAUGAUGAGGUCUUCGCUCUGGGCACCAACUGCAGCGGCUGUUUGGGCCUCGGAGACCUUCAAAGCACGAUAGAGCCACGGCGGAUUGAUGUCUUGUGUGGAAAGAAGAUUGUGUCCCUAAGCUAUGGAACGGGACCACAUGUGGUUCUCACUACGACAGACGGAGAGGUGUUUGCUUGGGGCCAUAACGGCUACAGCCAGCUGGGCAACGGCACCACCAACCACGGCCUGAACCCGGCCCUGGUUUCCACCAACCUGCUGAGCAAGAGAGUGACAGAGGUGGCCUGUGGCUCCCACCACACCAUUGCCCUCACGAUUGAUGGAGAGGUCUUCGCAUGGGGCUACAACAACUCAGGCCAAGUAGGUUCAGGCUCCACGGCCAACCAGCCACCGCGGAGGGUUAGCAGCUGCCUGCAGAACAAAGUGGUGGUGAACAUAGCCUGUGGUCAGCUCUGCUCUAUGGCUGUACUGGACAAUGGAGAGAUCUAUGGUUGGGGCUACAAUUGCAAUGGACAGCUUGGUUUGGGCAACAAUGGGAACCAGCAGACUCCAUGCAGGAUCGCUGCUCUCCAAGGUGUCAACAUCGUCCAGGUUGCCUGUGGAUAUGCCCACACAUUGGCCCGCACAGACGAGGGCAUGGUUUACGCCUGGGGAGCCAACUCCUAUGGGCAGUUGGGAACAGGCAACAAGAGUAACCAAGCGCUCCCCACCCUAAUAAUCACCGACAAGGAGCGGAUGGUUGAGGUGGCUGCAUGUCACACCAGCCACACGUCAGCUGCCAAGACGCAGAGCGGGCAGGUUCUGAUGUGGGGUCAGUGUCGAGGUCAAGCUGUGGCCUGCCCCCACCUCACCCACUUCAGCAGCACGGACGACGUGUUCGCCUGCUUCGCCACACCAGCGGUUACUUGGCACCUCCUCUCAGUAGACGCCGAUGACUACCUGACCGUGGCCCAGUCUCUGAAGAGGGAGUUUGACAGCCCAGAGAUUUCCGACCUAAAGUUCUUGGUUGACGGGAAGUGCAUCCAUGUUCACAAAGCUCUGCUGAAAAUCAGGUGUGAGCAUUUCCGUGCACUGCUAAACGAAACCGAUGAGGAUGCCAUAGAAAUCCACCAGUUCUCAUACCUGGUGUACAGAGCCUUUCUGGAGUACCUCUACACGGACACCAUCAACCUGCCACCAGAGGAUGCUGUUGGCUUGCUAGAUUUGGCCACGUACUACCGAGAGACCAGGCUGAAGAGGCUGUGCCAGGAAACGAUCAAGAGAGGCAUUACUGAGGAGAACGCCAUCACGCUGCUCUCUGCCGCUGUGAAGUAUGAGGCGCGGGACCUGGAGGAGUUCUGCUUCAAGUUUUGCGUCAACCACCUAACCGCUGUCACGCAGACCCAGGCCUUUGCCGACAUGGACCACGACCUGCUCAAGAACUUCAUUAGCAAAGCCAGCCGCUACGGGGCCUUCAAGAACUGAUGAGAGCGUCUGUAGCGACGAACUCGACGCGAUCGGGGAUCGGGUCGCUGAGGUCCUGCGACUCGACCCGAGACCAGAGUAAACCCCGGGCCUUUGUCUCUGGGGAUGUGAACGCUGGAGGAAAAUGGCUUUAGGUUUUUCACUCUAAUUGAUGCGUCUGUGUGUUGCCGCCCGACAACAGCUAUCCCAGACGCAGUAGCUGCUCGGGAAAGAAAUAUUGGGUUUUCCCACUCGGUCAGUCCCGAGGAAACCGCGCACAGGCAUGAAUAGAGAGAUAUUCCACAGUGGUCGACUUUGUGUCACUGACAAUAGGCUUGGCUAAUAAUGGACGGUGUCUGCUUUGUUUGAUAAACAGACAGAUGGCAUGCCUCAUGGCAGCCAGCUCAGUGCUGCCCGAACAAGGGUUUACCGUUGAGGUGCGAGACAAAUUAGCAAUGCGUAUUCUGUAGCCAUGAAUUGACCAGAUGUGCUGCUUUUUGAUGACGCCUUGACUCUUCAACAUUCUGGAUUGAGGAGUAUUUUUUUUAUGAGGAAAAUACACACUCUGUUCUUCUUUUGGUGAAAACUUGUAUUUUCCCCUUUUUUCCCCCCCCUUCUUCUAAACUGCAGCUUGUAUCUGGUCGACGACACCACAUGUUCUCCUGCAUAAGUACAUGUUGCCACUUUGUUUUAUAUUGUAUCUAUUCACCUUUGCCAUCCAAG